GACCGGAAGUGCUCUUCACCGCCCGCCUCCCACCCGGCUCUCUGGUCCCGGCGGUAAGAUGGCGGCUGCCGCGGAGUGCGAUGUGGUAAUGGCGGCGACCGAGCCCGAUCUGCUCGACAACGAAGAGGCGAGGAGGGAAGCAGAGUCUUUCAAAGAACAAGGAAAUGCAUACUACGCCAAGAAAGAUUACAAUGAAGCCUAUAACUAUUACACUAAAGCUAUCGAUAUGUGUCCUAAAAACGCUAGCUACUACGGUAAUCGAGCAGCCACCUUAAUGAUGCUUGGAAGGUUCCGGGAAGCUCUAGGCGAUGCCCAGCAGUCGGUGAGGUUGGAUGACAGUUUUGUCCGGGGACACCUACGGGAGGGCAAGUGCCACCUUUCUCUAGGGAAUGCCAUGGCGGCAUGUCGGAGUUUCCAGAGAGCACUAGAACUGGAUCACAAGAACACUCAGGCACAGCAAGAGUUGAAGAAUGCGAAUGCAGUCGUAGAAUAUGAGAAAAUAGCAGAAACAGAUUAUGAGAAGCGGGAUUUCCGGAAGGUGGUUUUCUGCAUGGACCGUGCCCUAGAAUUUGCCCCUGCCUGCCAUCGCUUCAAAAUCCUCAAAGCCGAAUGUUUAGCCAUGCUGGGCCGUUAUCCGGAAGCACAGUCUGUGGCCAGUGACAUUUUACGAGUGGAUGCCACCAAUGCCGACGCCCUGUACGUGCGCGGGCUUUGCCUUUACUAUGAAGACUGUAUCGAGAAGGCGGUUCAGUUUUUCGUGCAGGCUCUCAGGAUGGCCCCUGACCACGAGAAGGCCUGUGUUGCUUGCCGAAAUGCCAAAGCCCUUAAAGCAAAGAAAGAAGACGGGAAUAAGGCAUUUAAAGACGGAAACUACAAGCUAGCCUAUGAACUGUACACAGAAGCCCUAGGAAUAGAUCCCAACAAUAUAAAAACAAAUGCUAAACUCUACUGUAAUCGGGGUACGGUGAAUUCCAAGCUUCGGAAGCUAGACGGCGCAAUUGAAGACUGCACGCACGCCGUGCGGCUUGACGACACGUACAUCCGCGCCUACUUGAGAAGAGCUCAGUGUUAUAUGGACACAGAACAGUAUGAGGAAGCCGUGCGGGACUACGAGAAGGUGUAUCAGACGGAAAAGACAAAAGAGCACAAACAGCUCCUGAAACACGCCCAGCUGGAGCUGAAGAAGAGCCAGAGGAAAGACUACUACAAGAUCCUGGGGGUGGACAAGAGUGCCUCCGAGGACGAGAUCAAGAAAGCCUACCGGAAACGGGCCCUGAUGCACCAUCCAGAUCGGCACAGUGGGGCCAGUGCUGAAGUUCAGAAGGAGGAGGAGAAGAAGUUCAAGGAAGUUGGAGAAGCCUUUACUAUCCUUUCGGAUCCCAAGAAAAAGACUCGCUACGACAGUGGGCAGGACCUGGAUGAGGAGGGCAUGAACAUGGGUGAUUUUGACGCAAACAAUAUCUUCAAGGCAUUCUUCGGUGGUCCUGGGGGUUUCAGCUUUGAAGCUUCUGGUCCAGGCAAUUUCUUUUUCCAAUUCGGCUAAUGAAAGGACACCAGUCACCCAGCACCCAGCAAAUGCAGACUUGCUCGGUUGAACCUUGAAUAUGGA